AUGAAUGAUUACAUCAAGCCGGAAGGCGCGCUCUCGGAUCCGCCGAUAUUCGCCGAGCCGAUACCGAACGUCACGGUGGCGCUGGGAAGGGACGUGAGCCUGCCCUGCGUGAUCGAGAACCUCGGGUCCUACAAGGUGGCGUGGAUCCACGUCGGCCGUCAAAUGCUGCUCACCAUUCACAAACACGUGGUCGUGAAAAUACCCAGGUUUUCCGUGUCGCACGAUAAUCAGAAGACCUGGUUGCUUCACAUCAGCGGCGUGCAACAGGAUGACCGGGGUUAUUAUAUGUGCCAAGUAAACACCAAUCCCAUGAUCAGCCAAGUAGGCUUUCUUCAAGUCGUCGUGCCACCGAAUAUACUGGACUCUCUUUCCACUGAGAGCACCGUGGCGGUUCGGGAGCAUCAGAACAUCACCCUCAUAUGCAAAGCCGACGGCUACCCACCCCCGAAACUCAUGUGGAAACGAGAGGACGGGCAAGGGAUAACCAUUAACAGACACCACAAAAUGGCCAUGUAUGAUGGCGAGCAAUUAAACUUGACGAGGAUCACGCGCAACGAAAUGGGCGCUUAUCUCUGCAUCGCGACCAAUGGUGUGCCGCCCACGGUCAGCAAGAGGAUCACCGUGGAUGUCGAAUUUUCCCCGAUGAUCUUCGUACCUAACCAGCUGGUCGGUGCGCCGAUCGGCACCGACGCGACAAUCGACUGCCACACGGAAGCCUAUCCCCGCGCCAUGAGCUACUGGUUUUUGGGCGACGAGAUGAUACUCUCCAACGAGAAGUACAACACGAGCAUCAUGGAGAACAGCUAUCGGGCGCACAUGAGGCUCAUUGUCAGGAACCUGACGUCGACCGACUUCGGUAGCUACCGGUGCAUUAGCAAAAACUCGCUGGGCGAGACCGAAGGAUCCAUCAGAUUAUACCCCAUUCCGAAGCCGUCCGCGGCACCGAAGGCGACGGAGAUCAAGAGCAGCGCCAACAAAGAAGGACGACCGAGCACACCACCGCCAGCAAAAAGGCCGACCACCGUGUGGCCAUCGUACAACCCCUACAAUCCGAAAAGGACAGAGAGACCACCUCCGCCGAGUGAGGAGAGGGUCGACAGGCCAGAGCAGAAGCUACGUGGUGGCCAAAGUACAGGAAGCGCAUACAUCAUCAGAUGGAGUGCGCCGCAGUUGAUGGUCGUGGCGGUGCAGUACAUCCUCACGGGGCCCUAUAUGCCUCCCUACGUGCCCCAGACGGCGAAUUAAGACGUCCGCCGCGGGAAAGAAGUAUCGUCGCGUACCGCAUUCAUUCGAGGAGCCCGUCGUCGUCGUCGUCGUCAACAACGAUAACGACAACGACGAGGAGCCGAGAGUCCUGGGGACGUUCCUAGAAUAAGCAUAUACAUAGGUCGCGUAACACCCGCGGGGCACGCGCUUUUUGCGGAACCGCGUCGCGCAGUAUGGAGCUGGCUGAAUGACAGACUGAUGGACGGACGGACGGACGAGUGGAUGGACGGGAAAUGCGCUUGCGAACGGGUAACUGGUUUACGAUCGACAUGAUUUGUCCUCGUUUUCGAGACAGUUUCCGAUUUUGUUCUACGCGCUCACCGAUUCCUAUUACUAAGCCCUAUUACUACAAUAAUUGCGAAAUAUCGCAAUUUCGCCCGGCAAACACCAUGCCUUGCGGUCGCGUAUGACUUUCGUUUCAGUUUGAUAAUCGAUUUUGAAUCGUUCCGUUGUAUCCCGCUUUGUUAUUAUUACACUACGGGAUUUAUCGUAGAUUUAAUUUUCAAUUUUAUGUUGCGUUGCACGGGAAAACAAAAUAUUAAUAUCGAUUCACGACUCAUAUUCCCAUUGUAUAAGCAAGAAUAUCUAAUCUCAUUUAGAGAUCAAACUCGCUUAUACAGAGAAAUUCUAUA